GGCUCUCCAUGGAAAAGUUAUAAAACCCCAAGAGUUUACUUUCCACUUUCGUUUUUCAUUUCUGAACUCUGUCGCUUUCUCACCCAUCUAGUGUUUCUUUCCACAAAAUACCAUUAUCUAGAAUAAUUCAAAUAUUCAAAGCUCCGCAUACCUCACAACUACAUACCACCUCCGGCAACCCCGCCAUUGUCAAUCAACAUGGUAGAUCUCAGAACCGAAUCUCUCAAAUCCCCAGUGGAUAUUGCUGAAUAUCUUUUUACGAGAUUGAAGCAAAUCGGAAUUGACUCGAUUCAUGGUUUACCAGGAGAUUACAACCUAGUUGCUCUCGACUACAUUCCUAAACUUGGAUUGAAAUGGGUUGGUAACUGCAACGAGUUGAAUGCGGGUGAGUUUUUGUUCCCAAGCCAACAGUCCAUACCUAACGACCAUCUUUUGAAGGAUAUGCCGCCGAUGGCUACGCUCGAGUGAAAGGGAUUUCCGCAAUCAUGACUACAUUUGGUGUAGGAGAGCUCUCAGCAAUUAAUGCUAUUGCCGGCGCCUACUCCGAACGGGUCCCGGUCGUCCACAUAGUUGGGACUCCUUCAACAAUCUCGCAAAAGGAUGGCAUGCUUCUGCAUCAUACGCUUGGAAAUGGAAAUUUCCAUGUUUUCGCGGAUAUGUUUAAGGAGAUUUCUUGUGCGAUGGCUAAGAUUAAUGAUCCCAACGAAGCGGCUGCUUUGAUCGAUCACACACUACAGCAAUGCUGGAUCCAUAGUCAGCCGGUUUACAUUUCUUUGCCAACAGAUAUGGUUCAGAAGAAGGUCGAAGGAGAACGAUUGAAGACACCUAUCGACUUGUCCUUGCCUCCAAAUGACCCAGAUAAGGAGGAUUACGUUGUUGACGUAGUUCUCAAGUACCUUGAGGCUGCUAAGAAUCCUAUCAUCCUAGUUGAUGCAUGCGCGAUCAGACACAGGGUCAUGCCGGAGGUGCAUGGAUUGAUAGAGAAGACUGGGUUACCUGUCUUUGUAACACCAAUGGGCAAAGGAGCUGUUGAUGAGACUUAUGAAAACUAUGGAGGUGUUUAUGCUGGAAGUGGUAGUCAGCCAGAUGUUAGAGAGCGAGUUGAGUCCUCAGACCUCAUCUUGACAAUUGGAGCAAUCAAAAGCGACUUCAAUACCGCUGGAUUCUCCUACAAGACCUCUCAGCUCAACACAAUUGACUUCCACAGCACAACCAUUGUUGUUCGUUAUUCUGAAUACCCAGGUGUUCACAUGCGAGGAGUUCUCCAGAAGAUUAUUAACAAAAUUGACCUUGAAAAGCUCUCUGCCGUUCCAGGACCCAAGAUGGAAAACAAGGUUACUGCAAAUGAGGAUAGUUCAGACACCAUCACACAAGCAUGGUUUUGGCCUAGGGCAGGUGAGUUUUUAAAGGAGAAUGAUAUUGUAAUCACCGAAACCGGAACAGCCAAUUUUGGUAUCUGGGAAACGAAAUUUCCCAAGGGAGUUACAGCCCUUAGCCAAGUGUUGUGGGGUAGUAUUGGAUACUCCGUUGGUGCCUGCCAAGGUGCUGCUCUGGCUGCAAGAGAUACUGGGAAUGACAGAAGAACCGUCUUAUUUGUCGGUGAUGGAAGUUUCCAGCUCACAGUUCAAGAAUUAAGUACAAUGAUUCGCCUUGGAUUGAAACCCAUUAUGUAAGUCCCUUCACCAGCCUGACUAUAACUAACAUGGCUGAUGAUAAUCAUAGCUUUGUGAUCUGUAAUGAUGGCUAUACUAUUGAGCGAUUCAUUCACGGCAUGGAAGCAGAAUACAAUGACAUAGCAGCCUGGAAGCAGAAAGAUUUAGUACCUGCAUUCGGUGCCAAAGAAGGCAAAUAUCAAGUUCACCAGAUUAAGACAAAAGAUCAGGUCAACGAGCUCUUUACCAAUAAGGAGUUCAAUGCUGCGGACUGCCUGCAGUUUGUGGAAUUGUAUAUCCCAAAGGAAGAUGCUCCAAGAGCAUUGGUGUUGACGGCCGAGGCUAGUGCAAAGAAUAACGCCAAGGAGUGAUUAAUAACUUGGACUCUAACAUGAUUGGGAUUUUGGGGCGUAUGGAUUAGCUGUCAGGGAAGAAUAAAAAAAUUAUGAAUUCAUGAAAUUUUCCUCUCACUCGCAUCCAUAAGAAUGAUGGAUC